AUGAACAUUCUACAUUACCACGGAAAUGAUCGCAUCACAAUACCAGGCAGCCAUUGUGUGUCCACCAAUGGGUUCACCGGUCAGAUUGCCAGGGCCUCCUGCCUCUCUUCCUCCUCCCUCAUCCUCCUCUCCUCCUGUCCUACCUCCUGCCCAGCAUCCUGCCUCUCUUCCCGGUACAGCGUCUUCUGCAAGGACCAGCGGGACCAGCAGCCCGGCCAGUGUGGAAGGGAGAGUCCAGACCUGAAGUCAUCCAAGCCCAGGUCUCUCCAAGCCCAGCCAGUGUGGAAGGGAGAGACCAGACCUGAAGUCCUCCCAGCCAGGGUUGCUCCCAGCCCGGCCAGUGUGGAGAGGGAGAGUCCAGACCUGAAGUCCUCCCAGCCCGGCCAGUGUGGAGAGGGAGAGGCCAGACCUGAAGUCCUCCCAGCCCAGGUCGCUCCCAGCCCGGCCAGUGUGGAGAGAGAGAGGCCAGACCUGAAGUCCUCCCAGCCCGGCCAGUGUGGAGAGGGAGAGUCCAGACCUGAAGUCAUCCAAGCCCAGGUCGCUCCCAGCCCGGCCAGUGUGGGAGAGGGAGAGGCCAGACCUGAAGUCCUCCCAGCCAGGGUCGCUCCCAGCCCGGCCAGUGUGGAGAGGGAGAGGCCAGACCUGAAGUCCUCCCAGCCAGGGUCGCUCCCAGCCCGGCCAGUGUGGAGAGGGAGAGUCUAG